UAACCUCAGUCCAGGAUGCCUUGCCUCCUCCGGGAGCCCCUGCCCAAACAGGGUAAUUCCAAGGGGCUCCCCACCAGCCUCGGCUCUGCACCCCCUGCCCCUGGCCUCCAAGGCCCCUCCUCCCGCCUCCUGCAUCCCACCCAUCCUUCCUCAGCCCCAACAGAGGGGACUCCCACCCUCCCGCUGAAAUCCUCCGGGUGUAGAAGCAGAAGUGAGGAGGUGAGGCAGGGACGUCACCUGGGGGAGGAGAGACCCACGCGGAGGCUGGUCGGGAGACAAGGGGCAGAGCAGACCGAGGGCUGGAGCAAGCAGGCCAAGUUCCUUUCCCAGGACCAGAUUAAUGAGUACAAGGAGUGCUUCUCCCUGUACGACAAGGAGCAGCGCGGCAGGAUAAAAGCCACUGACCUCCUGGUGGUGAUGAGGUGCUUGGGGGCCAGCCCAACGCCAGGGGAGGUGCAGCGCCACCUGCAGAGUCACAAGAUCGAUAGAGAUGGGGAGCUGGAUUUCUCCACUUUCCUGACCAUUAUGCACAUGCAAAUAAAACAAGAGGAUCCAAAGAAAGAAAUUCUCUUGGCCAUGUUGAUGGCAGACAAGGAGAAGAAAGGCUACAUCAUGGCAUCCGAGCUGCGGUCCAAACUCAUGAAACUAGGGGAGAAACUCACCCACAAGGAAGUGGAUGAUCUUUUCAAGGAAGCAAAUAUAGAACCAAAUGGCAAAGUGAAGUAUGAUGAAUUUAUCCACAAGAUCACCAUUCCUGUGUGGGACCACUGAAUGAAGAAAACGUGAGAGAACACCUCCCCUGGGCCUGAAAACUCAGACUGAGAAGUGUUUUUUAAAAAGAAAAAAAAGCGUUCAUUUCACUGGGGGGGCAGGGGGUGGAUGGUAAACACAGCAGCAAGAUGACAUGACCUGAUUGCAGCGCAGGGUAAAACUUAAGAGUGGCAUGAAAUGAUUUCAGCCAUGGCAUUAGCAUGUCUUUAAUAAAAGAUUUGUAUUGAUUUUAACAAC